CAUUUCUCCUUCCAUAUUUCAUGACAGUGUUGGUAGCUGGAAUACCAAUGUAUUUGUUGGAACUUACCCUUGGUCAGAUGUGCAGCUCGGGUGGACUGACAGUCUGGAAAAUCACACCAAUCUUCAAGGGUGUAGGAUACGCAUCGGUGGUCAUUGCAUUUUGGCUCAACAUAUGGUACAUCGUCCCAUUGGCUUGGGCUCUGUUUUAUCUAUUUAAUUCGUUCAAAAGCGUUCUACCUUGGUCCAACUGCCGCAAUUCGUGGAACACCUUCCAUUGUCAGUCGGAAUACGAACGACAGUUUCUUCCUUACAAUUGUUCCAAUUCUACACAUUGGAGAGAGGUGGUACCCAUUAAAAGUUUCAACGUCACCUACCUCUUGUCUAAUUAUUCACACAUGAAUUGCUCCCGUGAAUAUGACUGGAGUUCGUUCACAUCACCAGUUCGCGAAUAUUGGGAGUGAGUAAACUUUUCACGC